AUGAAUUGCGCAAUAGAAUUACAAAGAAAUAAUUAUUCUGCUAAAAUAUUAAAUCAAGCUAUGGAUGAUGAUGCAGGUUCAUGGUGGUGGUGGACUAAUGUUAUUGGUACAUUGUUAUUUGGUUCAAUUGGUAUAAUUGGUAAUAUAAUAUGUUUUUUGGUUGUUUGUCGUUUUUCUAAACAACACCAUUCAUUUGUUGAAUAUCUUCGAUCAUUAGCUAUAUUUGAUUUUUUAUCUUUAUUAUUCGAAUGUAUUCAAUCAUUACAUGAUUUAUUUCUUUAUUUAUUUUCAAUAAAUUUAUUAAAUUUUCGUUCAUCAAUUCUUUGUAAAUUUUAUGAAUAUUCAAAUCAUGUAAUAAUAUUACUUGCUUGUUGGACAAUAGUUGGAUUAACAUUUGAUCGUUUAAUACUUGUUUGUGAUCCAUGGGCAAAAAAAUGGCCAAAUCUUUCUCGUCGUAUUUGUAAUUCAAAAUGUGCAAAAGGAAUAAUAUUAUCUCUUAUUAUAUUAUCAUUAAUAAUAAAUAUUCCUCAUAUAUUAUAUCAAGAAUGGAUUUGUCGAAAUCCUGGUUAUCAAUAUAGUGCUGCUUUUAUUGGAAAAUUAUAUUUAAAUCAAACACAACUAAAUCAAACAUCAAAACGUCUUAUUUGUCAAUGUCGAAUAUCUCCACAUUUAAGUCGUUUUAAACAAUUAUUAUAUAUAAGAUGGAAAAUAUAUGUAUUGCAUCUAUUAUGUUAUACAUUAAUACCAGCUAUUAUAUUAAUUGCAAGUAAUACAGUUCUUUAUUUUCCUCAUGCAAUUGUUCAAACAUUAUCAAUAUUAAUAUUUCCGAAUUAUCAUAGACAUUGUCAUAUACGUUCAUUAAUUAGAAUUCGAAUAUUAAAACGUUUAAGUGAAUUAUUAAAUAUAGCUGCAUUAGGUAUUAAUUUUUUCUUAUAUAUAUUAGGUAUUAAACAUUAUCGUUCAUCAGCAAUACAAAUGUUAGGUUUACAUCAUUUUAGUGUAUUUUUACCAUAUUUAACUGUUGAACAUAGAAAUUCAAUUGGAUCAAAUCUAUGUACUUCAAGGAAAUUUAUUCGAACAAAUCCUCAAAUUAAUAAUUCAACUAUUAAAUUAUUAAAAAUUCAAAAUAAUAAAAAUAAUAUUAGUAAAACUGAAAAUUUAUGA